GUCCCUGCGAAAAGCCUGUGAACAUACAUCUUGGUCAACCGCUAAGUAAAUAUCGAAAUUUUAUGAGGUUUAGCCCAGCCGAUUGAAGUAACAGACACAUAAACACUUGAAUUAAAAAAAAAGAAAAAUCACUUCAUGAAACAAUGCAUAAAAAGUCAUUGAUAGUCCUUACCUUCCUUUAUUUAAGUUCGAUAUUGCCUCGUAUAAUGAAAGCUAAUCUACUUACCUUAGAUUUAGCAUUCAAUAAAACAUUUUUGCUUACUUACCUACAAAUUAUCUUUAAGAAUCCUCUCUUACAUAUGUACCUACGCUAUGGCAAAUAUGUUGAUGUGACCUUAAAAGCCUCCAGUACCGGCUAGCCGUGUAUUUAGAAAGUGUUACCUGUCUCUCUCACACAGUCCCUUACUGUAAUCUGCCGUCUCAUUCUACACAUGUGAGAACAAAUUCGUUCUUUAUUCUGUAAACAAUCUUGGUGCUAGAAGGUGCGUUUGCGCGGCAAAACGACGGUAUUUAUGUGAAAGUGUAAAUAAAAUGGGAAAUAAUAAUAAUGAAGAUACUGCAAAUAAGGGCACUCAACAUGACGGUGAGCGCAAAAAGAGAAGCAGCGUCGAAAAGUACAAACAAGACUUAAGUACAAUUCCAGAUAAACAGGGGAACCAAAAAGUUACCAACACGUUUUUGAUCUCAUUAAUUGUAGGAGUUGCUUUGGCUAUUAUUCUACCAGAAAUUCUGAAAGCGUUUAGUCGCAGCGUCUCAAACUUAUCGACGUCAAGCGAAUUCAAAGAAAAGAGAACUUAUUGGGUGUACACAGAGGGUGAUAAACCUCUCGACGGAAACAGUUGCCUGAAGCAUGUGCAUUUAGUGUUGGACAGGAUAGGGUACAGGGAGACUACUAAUAAGAGCAAUGAUUCACCCUGGAUUCUUCUCUGGGCCUUUGAAUUCCCAUUCAAUAUCCUGAACCUCCGUAAUCUGAAACCUGACCAACUCGUCAAUCACUUCCCAGGGUCGAGUUACAUUUCAUUAAAGUCCGUUUUGGCAACUACACCAUCGAAAUACAUACCACAAGCCUUCAGAUUUCCUAGUGAGAAACAAAAGUUCAUUGAAUACGCAAAGAAUAAUCCGAAGGCGAUGUUCCUUGAAAAGAAUAUUUAUCACAGAGGCGUGGUAUUGAAGAAUGUUAGUGACAUCAAUUUAGGAAAUAAAACUAACUUCGUUCAGGAGUACAUGCAAAAACCUUUCUUAGUGGACGGACAUAAGUUUGAUAUUGGCGUGUAUGUUGUAAUUACGUCAGUGAACCCAUUAAGAGUGUAUUGGUACAAGGGUGAUGCGAUUUUCAGAUAUUGUCCGGCGAAGUACUACCCGUUCGACCCGCACAACCUGGACAAGUACGUGGUGGCCUCCGACUACCUGCCGACGUGGGAGGUACCAUCCAUGGCUCACCUCUACUCCGCGCUCGGCAACUCCAUGAAGGAGUCCUUCGACAGCUAUGCUAGAUCAAAGGGCAAGGAUCCCGCGCCGGUGUGGGAGGAAAUACAGAAAGCUCUCGCGGAAGUGUUCAUUAGGAAGGAACAUCACAUCAUUGCCACGUUAAAGCCAUAUGCGUCAAAGAACAACUUCUUCGAACUCUUCCGUUUCGAUUUCAUCAUCGAUGAGGAUUUCAAAGUGUAUCUUCUGGAAGCAAACAUGUCGCCUAACCUCAGUUCUAAUCAUUUUCCCCAAAACGAACUGUUGUACGAACAAGUUCUGUACCACACGUUUUCACUGACGGGAGUCACUCGGCGUGGGAAUGUGCAUGGAGCUAAUUCUGGAGACGCUGCCACGGCUAAGACUAUGAUAGCUACAAUGAAGAACAUAGCGGUCUUCAGUGACGUAUGUAGCUCGAAGUGUAUGGAGACCUGCGAGGCUGACAUAUUGUGCAAGCUCUGCAAGCCUUGCCUAGAACCCUCAUUCAAGCAAGACCUACUGGCUGCCUACAAUGAGCAUAUGGAUAGAGGAGACUAUAGAAGACUCUUGCCCACUCCCAUGGUACCAAAUAAGGAUAUUAACAUAGUGAAGUCAGAACUCAAGGGCUUAAGAAUCAACCACCAGCUACUACAUCUAUGGUAUCAAGGGAAGUGUAACCAAGACCCUACAUGGUGUACAUAAAAAAACAACUAUUAAAAUAUUAUAUGAUUUAUUUCUAAACAAA